AUGAGGGUUCUACAGAAACUUCCGCCAUGGGUACGAUGCACCUGCUGCAGACACCGCCGAGAAGCUGGCGCAGAAGCUGCUGCUACUGCUGAGCAGCUCCCGCAGCAACUGCAGCAGCAACAGCAAAAGCAACAACUGCAGCAGCAGCAACGGGCAGAGGAGGGGAGGCUUGGCGCCUUUGGAGGGUUUCCUUGCUCAGAGACACACGAAGGAGACAGUGCUGCUGCUGAGGCAGCUAAGAGAAAGACACAAGGGACCCCAGACCCCACGCAGCAGCAGGGGCUGCUGGGGCAGGGGGGGGGACUGUCUCCUUUCGCUGUCGCCGUAGUCACCUGCCCACCGCCUCCUUAUGAGCAGCAGCAGCAGCAGCAGCAGCAGCAGGUAGAGGGGCACUGCACGCUGUUGCCUCCGUCUCCUGCUGCUAUGCAGCAGCUGCAGCUCCCCUCUCAGCAGGCCCCCUCACAGCGCAACCUGCUGAGAGAGGAGGCGGGAGAGAUGGGGAGCCGAGGGGCCCUAGAGAGCUUCAGCCCCACGUUUGCAACAGAGCUGCUAGCAGAUAUAGAGCUGGAUGGAGACACAGGAACCCCCACAGCUGCUGCUGCUGCUGCUGUUGCUGCAUCUGCUGCAGCAGGAACUAAUACACUGCUGCAGAUUGAUGUACCUGUACAGCAACACCAAAAUGCUGCAGGCACUUAG